CAUUGGAAGUCAUUAUGAACGUGCACUAACUAUUCACUUGUCGGCUUAUUGCCACUUUUUAAUACAUCGGAAUCUUUAAAAGCACAUUUCCACUAUGUGUGUGUAAAUGAUCAUUCAAUAAAAUGGACCUUACUCUAACUUCCACUUUCCGACCAUUUUUACAGCCUGAAUUCUCAGUUAUUCACCGGAAAAUUAACCAACCCAUUAUUCUCCAUCAUAAUUUGAAGUGUAAACCAUUUUCAAAGAAUAAAGUGAUUACUAUGGCAAUUAAAAAGGCAAGAAUUGAAGGUGUAAGUGAAGCAUUAAAUGAAAUUGCUUCACAGAAUUUGGAUCAUGCUCCUGCUAGAAGAAGGGUUCGAUCAGCUUUUAUUGCUACUCAACAGCAGCUUGAUCAUAUCUUAUUUAAGAUGGCUCCAGCUGAUAUCAGAGAAGAUGAGUGGUAUGAAGCAAAUUCGAAAGGCCAACAGAUUUUCUGUAAAAGUUGGCUGCCAAAGCCAGGGGUACGAAUUAAAGGUGCUUUGUGCUUUUGUCAUGGAUAUGGUGAUACCUGCACUUUCUUCUUUGAAGGUAUUGCAAGGUUUAUUUCGGCCUCUGGCUAUGCUGUCUAUGCUAUUGACCAUCCCGGUUUUGGCCUCUCGGAUGGUUUGCAUGGAUAUAUUCCUGAAUUUGAUGGUAUAGUUGACAAUGUCAAUGAGCAGUAUGUGAAGAUAAAAGGUAGGCCGGAAAUUAGCGGUCUUCCCUGCUUUAUAUUUGGGCAGUCAAUGGGAGGUGCAAUUGCUCUAAAAGCUCUUCUUAAGGAACCACGUCAAUGGGAUGGAAUUGUCCUUGUUGCGCCAAUGUGCAAAAUUGCAGAAGACAUGACGCCACCAUUUCUCCUGCAGAAAGUCUUGAUUUUUGUGUCUAACAUUACGCCACAAGCAAAGAUAGUCCCUACUAAAGAUUUGGCAGAAUUGGCAUUCAGGGAGUUCAAGAAAAGGAAAAUGGCUCCAUACAAUGUAAUCUCUUACUCCGAUAAAACACGUGUAAAAACUGCUGUGGAACUCUUAAACGCUACAAAAUACAUCGAAUCACAAGUGGACAAGGUGGCAUCCCCGAUGCUCAUUCUUCACGGAGCUGCAGAUAAAGUGACGGAUCCUCUCGUGAGUCAGUAUCUGUAUGAUAAGUCCUCGAGCAGCGACAAAACUCUUAAGCUCUAUGAAGGAGGCUAUCACUGUAUUCUUGAAGGUGAACCUGAUGAUAGAAUUCUUACUGUGCUCAAUGACAUUAUCUCAUGGCUUGAUUCUCGUUGCUCUCCGAAUUAGGCUUCAGUUUUUAAGGGGUUUUGCAGAGGGAUUUCUUGUAGUUGGGAACCAACACCAUUCAUCUAGUUUAGGAAAUGUGAUACUAGACAAUAAAACCAAAUUCAUUGUGGGAUAUAGGCAUAUGGCAAUAUUUUGUAACUGCUAUUGUUAUUGUUGGGUGAUUUGGUUCUGAAGCUGAAAUUUAGGCGCCCAGCAAGUGAAGCGAGGGUUCGAUUCUAGGUCGAAACAAAAUUAUGAUGAUGAGAUGAGUUGAGUUAAAAAGUAAGGAUUCAUAUUGUCGAGCCCCCAACUUGUUUGGGAAUGAGGCAUAGUUAUUGAAACUACUGUUUGUUUGUAGUUUUUCGUCAAACACAAUCUUAUAGUUUUGAGUUUUGGAUCA